AUAAAAACCUGACUGGAUUACUUUGGCGGUUGCUUUACGCCCGUGACGUCAUCAUUCAGCGUCGGUUUGAAAGCAGCAGCGGCUCGUGGAGUUUGCAGGUAACUUCAGGUUGCUGAAUCAUUUUAGUUGCUGAUACAAGGAUGGACUCUCUGUACGGGCCUGUCGCUUUGGGUAUACUGGCAGGUGUAGGCUGCGGGCUCUGCCUCGGAUGGCACCUGAGUGGGCGUUUUGGCAGAUCGUCCCGCAGCAUGAUGGCAGCUUUAGGAAACAGCACCGGUGCUGGCAGCGAGGCCAGCGUGAUGGGCGAGAGUGGAGAGUUCAAAAUGAUCCUGGUGGUCCGAACCGAUCUGAAGAUGGGCAAAGGUAAAGUGGCGGCCCAGUGCUCCCACGCUGCUGUGUCCGCCUACAAGCAGGUCCAGCGAAGAAACCCAGAGCUCCUGAAACGGUGGGAGUACUGCGGUCAGCCCAAAGUGGUGGUCAAGGCUCCAGAUGAGGACUGUCUGAUGGAGCUGCUGUCCCACGCUAAAGAGGUCGGACUGCCGGUCAGUUUAAUCCAAGAUGCUGGAAGAACCCAAAUUGCACCAGGGUCUCGGACGGUUCUUGGCGUGGGGCCGGGACCAUCUGAUCUUAUUGAUCAAGUGACUGGACACCUAAAAUUGUACUGAAUAACACUAUUGGAUGAAGAUGGGAUUAAACCAUAUCAUUUUUAUACAAGUGGUGAAGAUGAAUUAAAAUGGAUAAAAUCACACGAUUUAUAGGUUUAACCAUUUAUUUUAAGUAAACAGUUCACCCAUUCCAUCAUUGAACAUGAGUAUAUUUUUUUUUUGUCAUUAUAAGUCUUAUGUACAGAAAAUUAUUUUUGGGGCAAUCUCAUUUCUAUCAUUUUAAUCACCCCCUCAUACCCAAUGGAAUAAAUGACUUUUGCUGGUUGAACUUCGA